CAUUGUAAAUAAAGGAGUGUGUGUGUGUCUGUCAGUGGGUAGUGAAAAUAUUUAUUUUUUCAUUUUAUAAAGAAAAAUAGUGAGUCCAAAAGAAUUAUCGACUCACAGCUAAAAUGAAUAACCCAACGGUACCAAUGGGUAUCCAGAGUACGGCCGGUGCUGUGGCCGUACGAAAUGAAAAAGGUGAAAUAUCCAUGCAGAAAGUAAAAGUGCAGCGUUACAUAUCUGGAAAACGUCCCGACUAUGCCAAAUACAACUCCAGUAGCGAGGAGAGCGACAACGAUGAUUUCUUGGAACAUCGUCGCAGACAGCAAUAUGAAAAACGACAUCACAGGGAAGUCAAAGAAGAAGAACCAGAGGAGGAAGUUAGAAGUAGACGACAUGAAAACAAACAUGAAGAAGACGACGACGAGGAGGAUGUAGAUGAUCCACGUCUUAGACGACUACGUGCCCGCCCUGUGGAACAAGAUGAAUUGGAAAGAGAGCGUAUGGAACGCCAUCGUCACAUCCAUGAGCCGGAACUUCUUGAAGAAAGUGAUUCCGAAGAAGAAGAAGAAAACGAAGAUGAGAAGGCUAUGCAAAAAACCACAAAUAAAAUCACCUUGGCUUCGGAAUCUGAUUCCGAUUCGGAUGUAAGUGAAACGGAAUUGGAGCAAAGGCGUCUUAAGUUACGCCAGCGUAUGUUGCAACAACAAAAGGAAGAAGAAAUUCUCCAAAAGGAGGAGGAGAAACAAUCAGAAUCAUCCGACUCGGAAAGUUCAGAAUAUGAGGAGGAAACUGAAAGUGAAGAGGACAAUGAACCACGUCUCAAGCCAUUGUUUGUACGCAAAAAAGAUCGUGCCACAAUACAGGAGAAAGAGCGUGAAGCCCAGAAACAAAAGCAAUUGGAACUGGAGGCUAAACGUUUGGCCAAAGAAAGAAGAAGAAAUACUCUCCGCCUUGUGGAGGAGAGUGUUAAGAAGGACUUGGAAAAGACAAAGAAUGACACCGCUGAACCCCAAAUAGAAGAUGUUUGCACAGAUGACGAGAACGACGAAGUGGAAUAUGAAGCAUGGAAACUGCGUGAACUAAAACGCAUGAAACGCGAUCGCGAAGAAAGAGAAAAUGCUGAACGCGAAAAGGCUGAAAUCGAUCGCAUGCGCAAUCUCACCGAAGAGGAACGAAGACAGGAGUUGCGUAUGAAUCCCAAGAUCGUCACCAACAAAGCCGUCAAGGGCAAAUAUAAAUUCUUGCAGAAAUACUAUCAUCGUGGUGCCUUCUAUUUAGAUGAGGAAAAUGAUGUAUUGAAACGUGAUUUUGCACAAGCCACCCUCGAGGAUCACUUUGACAAGACUAUUCUCCCCAAAGUAAUGCAAGUGAAAAAUUUCGGACGUUGUGGUCGUACCAAAUAUACACAUUUAGUUGAUCAAGACACGACUAAAUUCGAUUCGCCAUGGUAUGCUGAGACGGCAAACAAUCUUAAAUUCCACAGUGAACGUGGAGGUGGUAUGAAACAAGUGUUUGAGAAACCCUCCCUCUCGAAACGCAAGAAACUGGAUUAAACUGAAUGCAAGAUGUGUAAAAAAGAUUUUAGAUUAAGUUAUGAGUACGUUUAGUUUAAUAAUUAAUAACCGAAUAAAUUACCUUGUUUUUUUAUUCAAGGAAUUAAAA